AUGGCGUGGGCGUACAACACGCCCGACGGCACGCCCAAUAAUGGACCGACCAUUGCUGCCGUUGCUCUCACGGUGACAAGCUUGGCUCUCAUUGCCUUGUGUCUAAGGAUGUAUGUCCGGACGAGGAUCACAAAGGCCGUUGGUCUAGACGACUGGCUGAUUAUUGCGAGCUGGAUUGGAGCCUGCGGUUACACUACAGCAACUAUCGUCCAAACGAAAUGGGGCCUCGGGCUGAUUGAGCUAGACUCUAUGCCAGACGAAAACCUCCUCAACUUUGGCAAGUAUAUCGGGGCUCCGUUCUACGUUCUCGGCAUUUGGGGCUUCAAGACCAGUCUUCUCGUGUCGUACGUCCGGUUGGUGCCCGGGACGUAUCGACUGAUACCCAUUUCGAUUGCCGUCAUCAUUACGAUGGCGCAUAUCGCGUUUAUGCUUGUCUUUCUGUUCCUGUGCAUCCCUGUUAAGAAACAAUGGGAGCCUCUCGUCCCCGGACACUGUGCCGAUGCCGUCCCUUUCUACCUCACAUUUUCAUCCCUAACUAUCGUCUUUGACGUUACGACGCUCGUCCUCCCCUUUCCCAUCCUCCUCAAACUCCAGAUGAAGAUUCGCCGCAAAAUCGCCCUCCUCUGCCUCUUCGCCCUCGGCCUCUUCGUAACCAUUGUCCAAAUCAUCCGCAUCCAGACUAUCAGCAACCUCGCAAACUACCUCGACUCCGCCUCCGCAAUCAAGUGGUCGAUCGUCGAGACCGCCGUCGGCAUCGUCAUCGCCUGCGUCCCCACGCUCGCGCCCCUCAUCACGUACUUUUCCGAGAAGACGCGCAACAGCGGCGGAGAUGACAAUACGAGCACCGGUGGCGGGAUCGGAAGCGGAAGAAAGUCGGUGGGGAGGAAUUCCACGAGAUUAGGCGGCGGCGGCGAGGGGCCGUAUGCGCUGCAGUCGUGGAGGGCGGCCAAAAAGAAUAGGAUGAGGCCCCUGGGGAGCAGCAGCGGCGGCGGUGGCUGCGGCGAGGAUGAUGAAGGGAAUGAUGGGGAGAAGAGCACGGAGAAUAUCUUGCGGGGAGGGCCGGUUGCGUCGAUUGUCAUGUCGAGAUAUAUGUAA